AUGACAGCACCAGCAGCAACAUCCAACACUCCGCCAUUAAAGCAAACAACCUCAGAAACUUCUGUGUCACAAGCUUCACAAGUUGCCACCAAAACUCCAUUCAACCCAAUUCAAUUUGUAUCAAUAAUUUCACGUACCGAUAAACCACUUUAUAUUCAAUCAUUUGGAAUUGACGACACAUCUACUGACACCACCGAAAAUGCCAAUAAAUUCUUGAAAUACAAUUUCUUGAGUCAUAUGGCUUUGGACAUCUUUACGUCUCCUGAAUCAUUACUGCUCCGAGGAGGACAAUCACAGACACAACAACAAACUGAUGCCAAUGUUGUUCUAUUGUUUAUUCAGGAUCAAGUUAUGGUUUACGGGUAUGAAACUAACAAUGGGUUGAAAAUCAUUGUUGGAUUAGAUCAGAGUUUCGUGAUACAAGAUCAGCGUAUACUACGUCAAUUGUUUUUAGAUAUUCAUAAGUGUUAUUUGCGCACUAUAUUCAACCCAUUCAGCAAAGUAAACGACGAAGAAGAUGAUGACGAUUCAGUAUUGUCUACUCCUACAUUUGAUAAAAAUAUAAAGAAAAUUGUAGAUGGGUGGACGAGAUAG